AUGGCGUCAGGGUACAAUACUGGCACCUCGGCAACACCGACUCAGCAUCGAGCGUUGGGCGAAGGGAAGCCGUUUGCGAGGAGCCAAGAAGAGAACACGCCAGCUGCAAGUUUGAAUGAUGCCGCCUCACGAACAACUCGUAACGGGCGCUCCGCCUCAGGUGGGAGCAGCUCUAUUAGCACCCGUGGGGCUUCGCUGGUACCAUCCACAACACCAGGAAGCUUCAGUGCGGAACUCAAGAGCAAGAACAAUUUGCGGAGUGUGACUCCUCGUCCCGACACAGGGUUCGCAGCUCCCAGAAUCACCAACACAGUAGAAGAAGAUGAAGUUGGGAGCAAUGCCACUGAACUGCGUCAAGCAGCCAUUCGAGACCGAAUUGCAAAGGAAAUGAAGAUAAAAAUAGGAACGGAAAAUAUGUUGGAAGCGUUACUGGCUAAGAAUCCGAAACAAACAAAAGAACAGAGGCUAAGGGUUGAGUCGGAGUUGAAUUCUUCCAAUCGAAAACUCGCAGAGUUGCAUCAUGAAAUGGAGGAGGAGUUGCUUCGCGCACAAUACCCAUCAACACCGCCCCGAAGUCGGCUUUCAGGAUUAUUCCGCGGAAGUCCAAUGCGAUCCCCAUCGCGCGGUACAGAUUCAGUUGAUGGGGAGGUAGUAGACCCAGAUGCAGAGACAGAAUCUCCUACAUAUGUACUAGCCGAAACCCUACAGGCUUUGGAGUCGGAAGGAAUGGCGCCAGACUACUACGUCGAAAGGGCAAAUAGCUUGGUUGACUUGUUCAAACGCCAUCCCACUUUGAAGUAUGACCUGGAGUGGUCCGUCUUCGGUCAACGAGUGCAGAUGAUGCUUUUGAGCGAUAGCAGGGAAGUUGUAGCGGCAGGUUACCGCUUGACACGGUACGCUAUUGCAGAUAGAGCUUCUAUCAGGACUAUUCGUGCUUUGCAUACGGAUGAGCUCGUCACGCUGUCUUUGGUCAAAGAGAGCAAAGCGAGCAUUGAGAGAGAACAGGCGUUAAAAUUUGUGAGAGCUUUCCUGGAUGUUAAGGAUGGCGUCCAUGAAAUUUCUCGUGCCGUCGUUAGAGCCAUAGUAUCCGUCGCAGAGCAUCAUGAGGAUCGCUUGCGAAAUAUUUCUAUAAUGACGUUGGCUGAAAUUUUAACUAAGGACCCGGAUCUUCUAACAUAUUCUGGAGGCAUGAGUGCUCUCCAUGAUGCCCUGGCCGAAGGAACCUUUGGUGCUUCAGAAAGUCUCAUAGGGAGCUUCCUGCACAUUAUGGACGCCCCACACAGGCGAAAACAUCUCCAAGGAGGGCAGGAGCUCGAGGCCGUUUUGACAUCAUUCACCGACUCUUUCUCAGAUACAGCCCACUCCGGGCGCCUGAAGUGCUCCGCAAAGGCUAUCUCGGCAAUGCUGAAGACCUGGCCUGGCCUCCUUGUCCUGGCAAGAGACAGAUCGAAGCCGCUCCGAUCUUUGCUCGAAUCAUUGAAUUACCCCGAUUCACAGGCUCGAGAGCUUAUAUUGGAAUUGCUCUUCGAUGCUCUUCGAAUUAAAUCGCCCUCGUGGUCUUCGUCCUUCCUUGCUGGCCGACGUCUAACAACAUAUGGUAGGGUGUCAAAUCUCCGAUCAGAAUCGGACAGCAAACAGCUACGAUUUUUCAACGAGAACGACAAAAAUAGAAUUGACCUCACGAUGCACUUCUCUGCGUUAAUAUUGGCAACUUUACUUGAAGCGAACUUAAUCAAAGCGCUAUCGGGUCUCAUCGAAGUUGAGACAAAUCAGGCUAUUAAACGAAAAGCUACCCUGCUAUUAACAGAGGUACUAAAACUGGCCCAGCACUCUCUCCCUCAAUCUGUCAGCUCUGAGCUUCAAGUACUACCGAAGUUAUUGCCAAGUGCCAUCAGAUUUGAUGUUGACAAUCACGAAGCUUCUACCUCAAUCAUUUAUCAGAUCGAAAGUAUCAAUCGUACUCUGGCUCGAUCUGGGUCUAUCUCAGGUACGUCGGGAAGGUAUGCGGUCGUUGAUGAAGAUAUAUCCGCAUCACUAUUAUCCGGGGAGCCGGCGAAGAACAGACUUAACCCAGCCAUGGACGAAACCCAGUUUAGAAACUACAUUCUCGAAACACAAGUCUUGAAUACUGUUAAUUACGUCAAGUGGAAAUGGGACUUGAUUCUGCGUAUCAUCGAAGGCCCUCUUACUAACCCCAAGCGACUCGAUGAGGCUAUCAAGGGCUCGAAAUUCAUGAAGCGUCUCGUGGGCUUUUAUCGUCCUUUUAAGUACAGAUUCUCCAUGAUCCCAAAUUCUAAACCAAACCAGCGGUAUGUGCGUGCAGGAUGUGCAUUGUUGCGCACUCUAAUGCAAACAUCAGAAGGAGUAAAAUACAUCGCCGACAACAAACUGCUCCGUCAAAUUGCAGAAUGUCUCGCACAGGUGGAUCGUAUGAGUGGCCUUACUUCUGCGGCUCCUCUUUUUUCUAGGGAGCAAAUGGCUGGUACUCUAAGCGGCGGUUAUUUCGCGCUGCUUGGUGUUUUGAGCGGCGAUAAACAAGGACUUUAUAUGAUGGAGAGGUGGCACAUGAUCAACAUGUUCUAUCAUAUAGUUGAUCUCAAAGAUCGAAGUGACUUGAUCCAGGUGCUUCUUGGGAACAUGGACUUUUCUUUAGAAAGUCACCUCCGAGUUCUAUUGUCUAAAGCCCUUACUACAGGGACUAAGGAUAUUCGCAUUUUCGCAACAAAGCUCUUACGGAAGUACGCAGUUGGCAGUCAUUUGUCUGUUAGCAAUGUGAAUUGGGUUGUUCGUCUGUUGGUAACCCAGCUUUAUGACCCGGACGUCGCUGUUUGCGAGGUUGCUGUGAAAAUUCUUGAAGAGGCUUGCAACCAACGCGAGUACCUAGAAUUCGUCGUGAAAUGUCGGCCCUCUCUUGACCACCUUGGAGAGAUUGCGGCGCCCUUACUACUUCGAUUUCUUUCGACAUCAGUCGGCUAUCAUUAUCUCGAUGGGCUCGAUUAUAUCACACAGGAGAUGGAUGACUGGUUCUUAGGGAGAAAUGACGCCUAUGUCGCUCUUGUUGAAGCUUCACUUUCGCGCGCCUACGUGGACCAGCCUCGAAGGCACACCUUCGCUCCUGAGGAUGUAGUCGAGAUGCAAGACAUUGGCAUUGUACCACCCCAUUUCUAUCGAGAACUUGCUCGGACUUGGGAGGGUUGCAAGCUGCUUGAGCAGUCUGGUCACUUUCUCGAAUUCGCGACUACUAUCCGAGAUUUUGAGCUGAGCGAAGAAGAUCCUGAAGCGCUUUUGAAAGUUAAGGGCUGUUUGUGGGCUGUGGGGAAUGUAGGGUCUAUGGAGCUAGGAGCGCCAUUCCUGGAAGAGACUGAGAUUGUGCAAAACAUCGUCGAUAUUGCAGAGAAAGCAGACGUCAUUACCAUGCGAGGUACGGCGUUCUUUGUUCUCGGCCUUAUUUCACGUAGUCAGCAUGGAUUGGAAAUGCUUCACGAAGCGGGCUGGGAUGCUGCAAUUGAUCAACGCGGUGACUCGCUAGGACUUUGCCUGCCACGAAAUUUGGAGAGGCUGUAUUCUCUACCCAUUGUUCGAAAUGAACGAGACAAAGACCUAAGACGGUUAUCACGGGAAAUAUUCAAAGCAGCAUCGACUGACCCGGAACCCCAAAAUCAACGUAUCCUAAAGUUGAUUGUUGAUAUGGGUAAUACAGUCUUGUCUAAGAAAGCCGCAGCUGAUCUUCACGCUCUCAAAACAAAGUAUCCCGACCGAUUUCAUCAAGUCGAUCUGUUCCAAAAGACUCUCACUAUACUCGAAAGCCACCAUUUCCGUCUUCCAGCCCGACGCUUUGCAUUGGACUUGUUUGACAAGAGCGUCAUGAGACGCGUUGUCCUCGAAGAGGAUUCAUGCUCUGAUUCCGACAGUGCCUGA